UAGUUGUGUUUUCAAAGGCUAUGGAGCAUGGAAAUUCUUUCAUUCAGCAACAUGCGAAAUCAAGUUCUGCUGGUUCAAUACUCCCCUUGCAACAAACAAACACCUAUGCAAGUACAGAAAUUCCACCACCAAGCAACUCAAGCGAUAGUGACUUGGUUUUCAAUUUGGAUGAAGAUAAAGGCAAGAUGCCAAUUACAAAUGUGACAAAAAUCACAAGAAAAAUUCUCCCAAACAAUGCAAAAAUUUCAGACAGUGCCAAGGAGAUGAUUCAACAAAGUGCCACAAAGUUCAUAACCUUUGUAACUAGAAAAGCCAAGGAGCGAUGCCAAAGCGAAUAUAGAAAGAUUAUGAAUGUGGAGGAUAUGUUAUGGGCCAUACAGAAGCUUGGCUUUGAUGACUAUGUUGGACCUCUCACUGUUUUCCUCCAACGCUAUCGUGACAUUGAAAGAGGUGACUCCUCCACUUAUCACCCUCCUUUACCACCACCAGUUCAUUCUUCUGGACCAAACUUUUCCAUGGAUCCAAACACAAAUACUGAAAUGUGUCACCCAAAAUGGUGAAUGAGUUCUUCCUAGGUGGAUUUGGUGUUGCUCAUUCAAAUGGUGCUUUCACUAGCUUUGAUUCCUCCACUCUAUUCAAAUAUGAUCAACAGUGAAAUGAUAAUGGUGCAAUUUAUAAUUAUGGCAAUGAACUAUG